AUGUCUGUAUCGUGUUUGAUAGUUCUCAACAAAGCUUCAACUCUAAAAGUGGUAAGCAAGUACGGCCCAUGCAUCGACGAGACUGGAGAUCAGAAAGCAUCAAAUGUUCCCUCAAUUGCCGAAAUCCUCCUUCAAGACCAACUUCGAAUGAAAUCAAUUCGAGCCCGACUUUCUAUGAACUCAGGAAGUGGUAAAUUUGAGGAGAUGCAGACUACAAUUCCGGCCUCUCAAAUACCAAACGGAGGCGCAUAUGUUGUUACCGUGGGUCUUGGCACCCCAAAGAGGGAAUUUACACUCUUAUUUGAUACUGGUAGUGUCCUUACUUGGACUCAAUAUGGGAGUGCACAGAAUUGCUCCUCCUCGAAUACAUGCAAUUACAUGGUCGAAUAUGGGAGUGGCUCCACCAGCGGAUUUCUUGCCACAGAAACGCUAACCAUUACAUCUUCUGAUGUGUUUGAAAACUUUGUGUUCGGAUGCGGCGAACAGAAUGCCGGCACAUUCGACGGUGCUACCGGUUUGCUAGGACUAGGCCGUUUGGAGGGGAUAGCCUUGCCAUCCCAAACUACUAACAAAUACAAAAACAUCUUCUCUUAUUGCUUACCAUCAUCCUCCAGCUCAAUAGGUUACCUCAGUUUCGGCGACGAUGUCUCACAUGCUGCGAAAUUCACUCCAAUAUCUGACACAGGAAAUUUUUAUGUCCUAGACAUGGUUGGAAUUAGUGUUGGAGGCCGUAAACUACCAAUAGAUACAUCAACUUUUACGACAAUCAUCGAUUCGGGCACAACCUUUACAUCUCUGCCCUCCAAAGCGUACUCGGCUAUCAGCUCAGCUUUUCAGGAAAUGAUGACAGAUUAUCCUUCGAUAGAAGUUCCAUCCAACUUGCAACCAUGCUAUGAUUUUAGUAAUCAUAGCAAUGGCAAUUUUACGUUACCAAAGAUUAGUAUCUUCUUCAAAGGCGGGGUAGAAGUGGAGAUUGAUGAUUCAGGGAUUUUGGCCCCUGUGAAUGGGAUGACAAUGUGCUUGGCAAUUCAAGGCGGUGAUGAAGAUUUAGCAGUUUUUGGGAAUUACCAGCAGAAGACAUACGAGGUGGUCUAUGAUGUUGCUAAGGGAAUGGUUGGAUUUUCUCCUGGUGGUUGUAGCUAA